AUGUGGGAACCUGAUCCAUUUACCAUGACCUACUCUGGCCCUUAUAACGUCACUAUGCAUUCAUUCCCUUCCACCACUGUUACACCAACCUUGCCAUUUGCAGUUCCACAUUUCACCCAAGCUAAGAGUUCAGCUCAGGAUCACACUAUAUAUCCUACAUAUGCCACUACCACUACAACCAACAUCUCUUCACACAGCAACCAAUUCCCAGUUAUCACACCACAUUUGUCAUUUCCACGCAUGACUGGUCCGUACUCUCACAACUCAUCAAUCCCAUUUGUGUUCCAGCAGCCUGGUCCCGUGCCUUAUAUUGACCCUACUUUGCCUACAAUGAAACAAAUGCUGCUGGAAUUCAGUAGCUUCGGUGGGGGAGAUCCUGUUGAGUGGCUCAACAAGGCAGAACAGUAUUUUGAGUUUUAUCAGAUUCCCGAAGAAAGAAAACUCUCAAUAGCAACCAUGCAUUUGACGGAUAAGGCUUCCGACAGAUGGUAUAUGUUUCGGCAUGAAUUUCCCCACACCUGGCAAGGGCUAGCUGAUCUACUGAUGAGAGAAUUCAGUAGCUAUAACAGGUCGGAAUACCAAGCUGCAUUGGCUAGGAUGUCUCAAACGGGCAGUGUGGAGCACUACAAGGAACAAUUCACAAAGUUAUCUCGAAGAGCCCCGCGGUUUCCUCCUGAGGUGUUAUUAUCAUGCUUCAUUGGGGGAUUGAAGGAAGACAUCAGGGUUGAUGUACAAGCACAGAAACCUAGAACUCUCUAUGAGGCAUGUGAACUAGCUAGAGUUUAUGAAACUAGGAAUGAAAGUCACAGAAGCUAUGCAAGAAGUUCUAAUCAACCUAGGCCACUUCUUGGCACUCAUUCCACUUCUGCUCACAGGUUCACUCCUUCAAGUAAUAACCCCAAACUGCAAGGCUCUUUAAUGGCCAGAAAUGCUCAGCCAUCAAGUGGAAAUACACCUCACACUGGAAAUAGAGGUUAUCUCAAGCUGAGUAUCAAGAACGGAGAGCAAAAAAUCAAUGAUGAAGGAGAUCUUUUGAGUUCAACAGAUUUGGUAGAGGAGGAGGUUCCACCAAUCACUGACCUUGAGGAGCCACUCAUCAGAUUGCAGGUCAUGAGUAAUAACAAGUCCAGUCCAGCCACUAUGCAACUAAAGGGCAAUUUUAACAAGAAAGUAGUUCAUGUGCUUAUUGAUUCAGCUAGUGGUGCAAAAAUGAAGACUUGUGGGGAAGCUAAGAUUGAGCUCCAACUCCAGCAAUUCAGUUUCUCAGAUGAUUUUUACAUACUUCCUGUAACUGGCUAUGAAAUAGUUUUAGGAGCUAGUUGGUUGAGGCCCCUCGGUGACAUUUUGUGGAAUUUUGACACCAUGCGCUGCUUAAAAAAGAAAAAAGAGGCCAUGCUAGUCCAAGUGCAACCGGUUUUGGCGAAUGAAAAGUUAGAUACACCAAAUGCACGAAUUCAAGCCUUAAUCAACAAGUAUGAGGAGCUGUUCACAACGCCAACAACACUGCCACCAAGCAGGAAGCAAGAUCACAAGAUUGAGUUAUUCCCUAAUACACCACCAGUAAGUCUGAGACCUUAUCGGUAUCCUCAUUUUCAAAAGGCUGAAAUAGAAAAAAUUGUGCAAGAAUUAUUGGCUAAUGGGGUGAUUAGACCUAGUGUUAGCCCUUUCUCUUCUCUUGUACUUUUGGUUAAGAAGAAAGAUGGCACAUGGAGAAUGUGUGUGGACUACAGAUCCUUGAAUGCAGCCACUGUCAAAGAUAAGUAUCCUAUUCUUGUGGUUGAUGAAUUAUUAGAUGAGGUGCAUGGUUCCACAAUUUUUACAAAGCUUGACUUACGAUCUGGUUAUCAUCAGAUUAGGAUGGAUACUGCUGAUAUAAAUAAGACUGCUUUCAGAACACAUAAUGGCCAUUAUGAAUUCUUAGUCAUGCCGUUUGGUCUAACAAAUGCUCCAUCUACAUUUUAG